AUGAAGAUCACACAAUUACUUUGUUUUGCAGGGCUGCUUUGCGCCUCUGCUUCAUCUACUGGGAUUGAAAAGCGGACGACAGUGAGCGAUAUCUUGACAGAUAUCGAAGAUGCUGCAACAUGCGCAGCCUGUGAGACCCUUGCUCACCUGGGCAACGAUGACUUUGUAGAUGUAAUCACCGAAGUGUGCAAGCUGGCCAAGGUGGAUGACCACGAUGUCUGCGAAGGCGCCAUUUCCCGAGAAGGACCUAUCCUAGCCCAUGACCUCCGCAAUAUGCAGAUCCCUUCCAAGACAGCAGUUCUCUUUUGCACCACCAUCUUUGGGCUUUGCGACUAUCCAGCCGUUGCUGAGUAUACUGUUGAUUUCCCCUCUGCUAAACCUGCGAACGCGUCUCGUCCUGCUCCGAGUGGACAAACCCCUCUGCAAAUUGUUCACAUCAGUGAUAUUCAUGUUGACCUGUCUUAUGAGACUGGCGCCAACUAUAACUGCACCAAAAACAUUUGCUGUCGUCCCUACACCACAUCAGAUGAGCCUGGAUCUACCAAUUAUCCCGCAGGAGAGUAUGGAAAUCACAACUGCGACGCUCCUCUUACCCUGGAGGAAAGCAUGUACGCGGCUAUCAAGGAGCUUGUCCCCGACGCCCCGUUCACCAUCUUCACUGGUGAUGUUGUUGAAGGUGCCGUGUGGCUGGUCAAUGAGACGGAGGUGACCAACGAUCUGAAUGACGCCUACAAGUCUCGGAUGCCCAACUACCUCAACCUCGUAUAUGGCGUUACCGGUAACCACGAUACUGCUCCUGUGAAUUCAUUCCCUACCUCGGAUAUCGACACAACAAUCUCCAGCCAAUGGGCCUACGACACUCUUUCUUCCGAUUGGAGCCAAUGGAUCGGAGCUACCGCCGCAAGCACCGCGAACGACUAUGGCUCCUACUCGGUCAAGUACUCUGGCGGCAACCUGCGCAUCAUCUCGUUCAACACCAACUUCUAUUACAAGGAGAACUUCUGGCUCUACGAGAAGACCAUGCAAACUGACCCCAAUGGCCAGCUCGCCUGGCUGGUCAGUGAGCUGGCGGCCGCCGAGACCGCCGGUGAGCGCGUCUGGCUAAUGGGGCACAUGCCCAUGGGCUCAGGCGACACCUUCCACGACGCCUCGAACUACUUCAACCAGAUCAUCCAGCGCUACGAAGCGACUAUCGCCGCCGUCUUCUACGGCCACACCCACAAGGACGAGUUCGAGAUCGCGUACUCGAGCUACACCGACCAGACGGCCAACACAGCCACAAUGAUGUCGUACAUCGCUCCCGCGCUAACCCCGACCUCAGGCAAUCCGACCUUCCGCGUCUACUCUGUCGACCCGGUCACCUUCGGCAUCCUCGACUUCACCGUCUACAUUACCAACAUGUCCAGCCCCACGUACCAGGACAAGCCCGUCUGGGAGAAGUACUACUCCGUCAAGGAAGCCUACGGUGCCCUUCUCAACCCGCCCGUCACCGACAGUGCCGCCGAGCUCACCCCGGCCUUCUGGCAUAACGUCACUGCCCUCUUCAAGAGCGAUGAUGCCGUCUUCCAGGACUACUACGCCCGCAAGAGCCGCGGCUGGGACGUCGCCUCCUGCACCGGCGACUGCAAGUCCGCCGAGAUUUGCCAGCUGCGCGCCGCCGAGUCGCAGUACAACUGUGUUGAGAUCAAGCCUGGCAUCAACUUCAAGAGGAAGAGAGACACCAGCUCUGACUCGUCGUCUGGCUCACAGGAGCGCGCGUGCGGCGAGUCGAUCGUCGGGAACAUCUUCUCGAACUUUGACGGUGCUGUCGAGGCGUUGAUCCAGGCUGCCCAGGCAAAACUGGGUUCAAGCUUCAUGAACAUUACUGUCAACUCGACGGCCGUGUAGUGUGGACUGUGCAGCUUUCUUCGGCUCCUUCUAAUGACCGCGUUCUCUUGAUGGUCUCCGUCAUUUUGUAAUACUGUUACCUUUUCGGGUUCG